GAGCAGCAAAACUCCACAGGAGCUGCGGCAGCAGCACUAGGGAGACAUCCACCCUCCCCGCGAGAGCAGCCCUUCUGCAGACAGGGAUUUAUCUAUUUUCUACACUUGCAUAUAUGCAUUUUUUUAUUUACCAGGCUGCAUUUUCUUUUUCUUUUCCUUUUUUUUUUUUUUUUUUUUUUUUUUUAGCCUUUUCACAAAAGCCUCAAACCUCCUAAGUGAUGAGCCUGAGAUUUCCCUAAAAUAAAAUAACUGCACAGUGGGGCUGGGUGGCUUCCUCUUCCCCCCUUUGGAAAAUAAAGAGGAAAGGGGGAGCAAAUAGGUAAAAUCCAGAAUAAAAUCAUAUUGCUCGAAAACUCACACGUCCUCCUCGCUCUCUCUCUCUCUCUCACACACACACACACACACACACACACACACACACACACACGCUCUCUCUCCUCCUCCUCCUCUCUGAAGGUGGGUAGCAGGAGCCAUGCAACAUCUGCAGAACCGGAUGGCAAAAGAGCAGGAGGAAAAAUAAUCCAAGUGGAGUGCUCAGGGGACACUGAGUUGGUUUUUUUUUUUCUUUUUCCAUUUUUUUUUAAAUUUUUUCUUUCUUUGUCUUCUGCCGCGUACCUGUGAGAUUCGAUUUCACAUUUUGCUGAGCCCAUUUUGGGGCAUUUUAUUUUUCUUUCUCUUGGGAUUUUCUCCAUUGCCAGAGGAUGUCUCUUGUUGAGAGGAUGCUGAAAGGAAGAAGAAACGAAUUCUUUGACUGGCACUGAAGGAGCGGGGGGGUAUUUUUCCCCCUCAUUUUUUAGGUUUUUUUCAUUAUUCUUUUUCUCUCGGAAAUCAUUAAGUGGGGGGGGGGUUGGUUUCUUUUUUCCCUCCCCCCCUUUUUUUGGAGGGGGAUUUCAGAAGAUCCAUCUUUCUUUCCCCUCCCCUCCAAAGAUUUUUUUUUUCAUCCUUCGUCUUUGUGGAAAUGUGGACAUUUCAGGCAGACAGAUUGAGUGGAAUUGUCUCUGCUUUAGCAGCUCUUUGUGUCGCCUGCUGUGCGCAAAGCCCCUCCACUGGAAAUAUUUCUGUGGUGAAAGAGAUUGUGGACAAACUGCUGAAGGGCUAUGACGUCCGCCUCAGGCCCGACUUCGGAGGUAACCCUGUCACAGUGGGAAUGAGCAUCCACAUCUCCAGCAUUGACCAGAUCUCUGAAGUCAACAUGGAUUACACCAUCACCAUGUACUUCCAGCAGAGCUGGCGGGACAAACGCCUGGCCUACAAUGACCUUCCUCUCAACCUGACCCUGGACAACCGGGUGGCUGACCAGCUGUGGCUGCCUGACACCUACUUCCUGAACGACAAGAAGUCCUUUCUGCACGGGGUGACGGUGAAGAACCGCAUGAUCCGGCUCCAUCCCGACGGGACCGUCCUGUACGGCCUCAGGAUCACCACCACGGCCGCCUGCAUGAUGGACCUGCGGAGGUACCCGCUGGACCAGCAGAACUGCACGCUGGAGAUCGAGAGCUAUGGUUACACGGUGGAUGACAUUGUCUUCUUCUGGCAAGGGAAUGACUCUGCUGUCACGGGGAUGGAGGUGCUGGAGCUGCCCCAGUUCACCAUCAUCGAGCAGAGGCUGGUCAGCAGGGAAGUGGUCUUCACCACUGGUUCGUAUCUGCGCUUAUCCCUGAGUUUCCGGAUUAAGAGGAACAUUGGUUACUUCAUCCUGCAGACCUACAUGCCAUCCAUCCUCAUCACCAUCCUGUCCUGGGUCUCCUUCUGGAUCAACUAUGAUGCUUCUGCAGCACGAGUGGCACUGGGGGUCACCACGGUGCUGACCAUGACAACCAUCAACACCCACCUGCGGGAGACUCUGCCCAAGAUCCCCUACGUCAAGGCUAUUGAUGUUUAUCUCAUGGGCUGCUUCGUCUUCGUGUUCCUGGCACUCCUGGAAUAUGCUUUUGUCAACUACAUAUUCUUCGGGCGAGGGCCGCGGCAGCAGAAGAAGCAGAGCGAGCGCGUCAGCAAGGCCAACAACGAGCGCCACCGUUACGAGGAGAAGAGGGUGAGAGAGCAGGUUGACCCUUACGGUAACAUCCUCCUCAGCACGCUGGAGAUGAACAACGAGCUGCUGGCCACGGACAUGAUGAGCAGCGUGGGCGACUCUCGAAACUCUGUCAUGUCCUUCGAAGGCUCAGGAAUCCAGUUCCGCAAGCCGCUGGCCUCUCGGGAUGGCUUUGGCCACCACCCCACCCUGGACCGCCACGUCCCGCUGAGCCACCACGCCGCCGCCCGCAACCGCGCCAACUGCCGCCUGCGCCGGCGGUCCUCCAAGCUGAAGCUCAAAAUCCCAGACCUGACAGACGUCAGCACCAUUGACAAGUGGUCACGGAUCAUUUUUCCAAUCACUUUUGGAUUCUUCAACCUUGUUUACUGGUUGUACUAUGUAAAUUGAUGCCUGCGGCCUCCGAGAGAGAUAAUAGGGACAGACGCUCAGACAAUGACAACACAGGAGUGUUGUGGUCUUUUGGGUUUGGGUUUUACUCUUUACUAUCAUUGUCAUUUAUUCCUAUGGUUCAUUAGAUUUAUUCUAAGCUUACUCUUCUCUUUUCAGCACAUGUAGAACCACGGAGUGUGGGGUGGGGUAAAGGGAGAGAAAGGUACGGGAGGGGGUUUGGUUUCAGGGAGGGAUGUGUUUGUCUUGAUUUUGGUUUCCUGCUGAAGGACUUACACCAUUGUAAAAAAAAAAACCAAACCAACAAAAACAACAAAAACCAAAAAAAAAGGAAAGAAAGAAAAAAAAAGAAAAAAAGACAGAAAAAAAAAGAAAAAAAACCCACAAAAAAAUGCCAAAACUAAGAAAAGUUAAAAAGAAAAAAAAAAAAAUGAGGGGGGAGAUUUAAAGAAAUUGAGUCAAAAACUGGUUGGGGCGAUAGGUUAUCUUUGGCUGUGCUCACUUAUGCUCUAUCCUCACUUCCAUUUCACUACUGAAUUUCAUCUUUCACUUUUCACUCUUAUUAUAUAUAUUUUAAAUCUUUCUUCUGUCACUGCUCUUAACCCCUUCAUGUUUAUUCUUUCAUGUAUUCAUGAGAUGAUGGGGUUUCAUUCUCACGCUAUGAGAUUUUUCUUUUCUUUUUCUCUCUCUCCCUCUCUCUUGCUUACAAGCCUAAAAGAGUCUUUUAAACCAACAAAUAAAAAGAAUAUUUAUUUUGGAAGAGCUGGGAAGGGAAGGGAAGGGGGGGAAGAGGAGGCAAUUAUUUGGGAGGGAAGGGGCAAUGUGGGGUUUAUGGGAGGGAGGGAGGGAGGAGGGAACUUAUCAAAACCAAGGCACAUUUGCAAGAUGCCUUUUUCCACCUUCAGGAGUUUGCAAGCUGUUUUUCCUGUGUGAAUGCGUGUGUGUGGAGCAUCUCUGUGUGUGUGUGUGUGUGUGUGUGUGUGUGUGUGGGCAGGUGUGUCCAUGGAUGUGUGUGUGCAAGCAUGUUUUCUGGGGAGGGGGGCUGGGGAGGGGGGUUUUGUAAUACCUUUUGUAGAAAGAGAACACAGGUGACAUUUAACUGGCAGUGUGUUUGGGGGGAGGGAAUAGCAGGGGUUUGUUUGCUCAUUGCAGCUUUGCCAGGUUGGAGGUCCCAGCUCCAGAGGCAGAGCUGGGGAGGCAAAGUGUGCAGAUUGGCACUUGCUGAGGGAAGAGAGGGAUCUGGGGAUCAGCAGUAGGGCAGUGCUGCUGUUCACUGCUGGCAUCUGAUCUCGAGGAGACUAAGCUGAUUCAGUCCUCAGAGGAGGGGCUGUUCCUAGUUAUUCCCACCCUGCAUCUUCCUUACUGAGUCUGGAGAGAAAAGCAGUUGCAGGACUCUAAAAAUUCAACCCUUUCCUGUUCUCCCUGUUCCUUAUGCCAGACAAUGGAUCCACACUCCAGCCCUCUGAGUGACCAUAGCCUGCAUCAAGGCACAGGAAAGGCUGGAUAUCGUUUAACUUCGUUAUGUUUCAGGAUGAAAAAAGUAGGGAAAUGAUAAUGAUCCCCUUUCCUAAGAAAUUCAGGAGUGAAUGGUGGGCUGGCAGCCUCUGAUCUGUGCUGCUUCUACCAGACCUCAUUUUAUGUCUGUUAAGAUGUACAGAGUGUAGAAAAAAGCACCCUGUGGCCCUCCUUGCAGGUGAUGGAGCUGAGGAUGAGGUAGAGUUCCAUGGAGCAUCAUCCUGCUGGACGAUGAUAGUCUCCAAAGGCUGGGCAGGGUGAAGGUUGCAGUGAAAAUGCUGAGCUUGGUGCUUGUGGAAGUCUGGGGAAGCUGCUGAGUCUCCAGCAGCUUCCAUCCAUGAGGAAGGUACAGGAGGGGAACUUGGCCUUGGACUGCAAGGUCAGAUUUUUCCAAAGGAGCCAGUGACUUUCAGGAAAAUCACUGAAUUAUUGGCCACUUUGGCAAUCACUGAUGAUUGAUAAUCUCCCUUAUAAUAUUAAUAAAAGCCAUGAAAAUGUUAAAUUCACAAGUGCAAAACUUUAACCCUAGGUCAUUCUGCCAUUUCUGGAGUAAUGAUGAGAACCUUCUUCUUACCUGAUAGAGUUUUUUCGUGUCAGACCCAUGGACACCCUUUAGCCAACCAUCCUUUUAUUUUCCUGCUAGCAUUCUCCUCCCUUUUUCUUGAUUCCCAUUGCUUGGGAGAGCAGAGUGAUCCUCUGAGACCAGGGAAACUCCUGUUUUUCAGAUGACCCUGAUGCACAUCUUUAAUUCACUAAUUUAUGUCUGUACUAUGAAAAUAUGAAUCACUUCAGGCCUGACCUAGUAACACUGAAGUCAGGGAAAGUUUUGCCUGGACUUGGCUGAAGCAGGAUCAGGCCUCAUCAGAGUAAUCACUGUUAUUUUUAUAUCAGUAAUGUGUCUUAUGCAGAAUCUGAAGCAUAAGAGUAGAGCAUCCCCCCUUCCCCACGUGUCUGUCCCCUCUCUCAUGUUCAUGCAUGCACACGUUUGGUCCAGGCCUCCCUGGACUCACCAAGGUUUUAGCACAAUUGUUAAAUCAGACUUAGAUUCUCCCCUGUCCUGCAGAACAGUCUCCUGCUGGUUUCCCCAUCCAUGAGCAGUGCUGUUGGGGAUGGGUUUUCCCCAAAUUGCUGCAGUUCAUGGGUCUGUAUAGGUAUAAGAGUUGGAGAAUCAGGUAGUUCUACCUGAUAUGCAGGAACUGAAACCUUGGCCAGUGGAGAAAGUUAUGCUUUCUAGUGUGAUUCUAUUCAGAAAUAUCUUUUAAAUGCUUUAAUGGGAGUCGUAAAGUUGUGCUUUAUGACAGCAGCAGUAUAAUGCCAGUGGAUAUCAGCAUGGCAUGGCUGCAGUUCCCACAUGGAGACUGCCUAUCAGCAGGUCCAGUUUGCAAGGAGAGUCUAACCAAGUGAUUAAUGAUUAAAUAAAAUAUCUAAAAUUUACCCUUUAUAUAUGUGAUUGCAAUGUAGAGGGUGGUCAGAAUGAUAAAACUGGGGAGAGAAAGGCAGUUUAAAGAGCCUAUUAAGAUUAGAGGGAGAACAAAUGGCUGUGGGGUAAGAAAUUCUGAAGCUGAGGAAGAUGACUCAGGAACUGCAGUAAUCUGACAGUUGUAGUAAAACCUGACGAAUGUGUGGCAUGAGUUUGGCACCUGAGGGCUGUCUGAGCUGGCCCCAAAGGCUGGCAGGGCCAGCAGCACACAGAUGAUGCAAACCCCACUGAUGCUCUUUGCUUCUCGGGUGCUGAGCCCCACACGGGGUGGGGUCCUGAGUGACCAGUGCCCUGCAGGUACAGCCUCCAGAGACUGGAGAUCAGGCACAGGGAGGCUGUGUUUAAUAUUUGAGGCUUCAAUCCAGGAUUGAGCCCAGUGACAAUCCAAAAGCUUUCCAGGGAAAAAAGCACUGCUUAGCAGAUUUCUUCACCUGCUGGGACUGGGAGCCAGACUCCUCUACUGUGGCCCCAGUUCUCUGUUGACUGGGUUCUCUUUCUUAUCAGGAGUCAUCCUAGCUUCUCUCUUUGAAUGUUUCUAACUUGGUGUUUCCAGGUCAGUGUUACACACAGUCAGUACAUCCAGACUCCUGGACUCUGGGUCCGACACAACAAUCUUUGCCAAAGAGUGUGUGGUCAGGCCUGGGCACGGUUCAGGAGCUGCCUUACACUUGCUGCUGAUGGGGCAGAGUGCUGGAGAACAACAGAGAGUCCUGGGAGUGGGAUGAGGAAUAGGAAAUGUGAGGGAAGGAUGCUGAAGGCCUUUAGGAAUGCUCUGCUCACAAAGUGAGGUGGCACCUCCCUGUUCCCCCUCCACAGCUGCCUGCCUCCAAUCCACCCCUAAGGAAGGCAACAAACCCAUCUUGUGUCGAGGGCCAGUGAAGGAAAAACGAGGCAUUUUACUGAUGCUCAAGGCUCAGAGGUUUCAAGCCAUCACAAGCACGUGUUACCAGGAAGGUGGAAGGGUUUUCCAUGCUGCAUCUGGCGUGCCCACUGCUCCCCUCCUCUUCUUCACAGAGGGGAAAGGGGGACAAAAGGCUUUGUGAGUGCUUUUCCAAAGUGGAGCUGCUUCUGACCUUUGCUGCAGUGGUGCAGAAGGCAAUGCUCAGGGCUUGGUUUGUUGGCAGCUUGGGGCAGGACUGCUGCUUGCUGGGUUGUGUUUUUUAGCAUUUGAACAUCAGGGGUGUUCUGGGCUGCCUGAGGGAGCCGGGCCGGGGGAGAAUGUUUUGCACCUUUUCCAUGUGUAACAGCCUAGAGAAGGCAUGUGGAAGAGGAGGAGGAGGAGCAGAAAUAGAAAUGAAAUCUCUCUCAGGACAUACAUGGCCAACACAACUCUACUGCUUCAUUUUCUGAUACUGUAUAGUGCUGUCACUCAGGGACCUUUAGUGACUGGGACCUUGGGACUGUAAUUCUGCCUGUCCCCUUCCUAUCCCCCCUCCGCCUUGAGUGUUGAGAAAUGAAAAGACAAUGGGAGGAAGUGCAGAAAUGAGCCCUGCUAGCAAACCCCUGCUAUUCCAUGGGUGAGAGAAAAGCUUUGGUUACUGAGGGAAAAGGAAGAUGUAAACCUUUCUAUUCAUGGCUUCGAGCAUAAACCAGCCAGUAGUGUAUAUAGGAUAAGUUGACAGUGCAUGAAACAAACAGGACUGUAGGUUUUUAAUGGUAUCCAACUUUCUUGCAUGCACAUCUGACACCACGCCAGCAGCUUAUGCCUUGCAAAUAAGUAGGGAACCUGCCAAGGCUUGGCACUUCCUCUGUCCAAUGGACAGCACAUCCACUUCCCAGAACCAGAGCCAGGAAGGGAACUGAUCUGGCCAGUCUGUUUGUCCAGAUCUGCUCCAGAGGGUCUGGCAGGAGGAGAUACGGGGUGGGGAAGGGAGCUGGUUUUGUUCUCUUUGUUGUGGGGUGGAGGAAGGUGUUUAAAUCUCUGAGCUGUUUUCAGACAGAAGAGAAACCUCUGGAGCUGCAGACCAAAGGACAGUGGCUUUAGGGAAGGUGGUUACUGGAAUCUGAUGGAGAGGGUGGGUUGAGGAAAAGGUGGUUGGUAGGAGAGAGCUGUAACUUCAGAAGCAGAGCAAAUAGGAGAAAGCUUUUGAAAAUAUAUGUGCAAUACAACAGGUUUGCAGGGACUGGAGCACUGGGGACAUCCCUGAGUCAGACAGGCUGGGUACAGCUGCAGGCAGCACUCCAGGAAGCCCAGCCAUGGCAGCAGUCCCUGUCCUCUCCGGGGGACAGGGAGGUCAGGAACAGGGAAAAGAGGGAGACUCAGGAGACUCAGGCUGCGUGGCCAUCAGCAGAGCUCAGUCCUGGGGGCAGGGACAAUCAGCUGCAUCCAGACAAAGUUGCAGGAGCUGGGCUGAGAUGUGCAGGGCAGUGCCAGGCUGGGGCACGGCUGAGAAACGAGGCAAGAAAUGUCCUGCUGGUUACCAAAUGCUUUCUGGGCGAGGAGGCUGGGCUUACCAAGCAGGGCGGGAUGUCUUUACAGUAGAUGUGAAAGUUGGGAUGGGGGCACGGUUUGGGUGAGAGAUGUGAAACCAAUGUGUUGGAAGCAGGACCUAACGCAGAUGCUGGGAGGGAGGGAGGGAGGGAGGGUGGAAAAGGUGGGAGGGAGGGGAGCAGAGACUGGGGAAAAGAAGAUGUAUAUAGUGCUGGGUUUUAUUUUUCAUUUCCUUUUGUUCCUUUUUUUUUUUUAAGAAAAAACAAAAAGUUGUUUGAUUUCUAAUGUCUUGAUGUAAACCAAAUAAAAAUGGUUCUGUACAUUCAGAAGUGAAGAACAGCUGAAAGGUGACAAGUAUAAUAAAGAAGCACUGACCUUCAGGCUACUAUAACCAUUUCCCCAGACUUUUCCCACAGGAUUGGAGGGCAGAGCUGUGCCUGUGCCUGCACAGAGGUGCUGGGAUGGUGACCUUGGGGCUGGCUCCCUGAUCCAACUGUGAGUGCAGCACAGAAGAGGUGGGCAGUAGAGGUGGAAGUGAUGGUAUGUAAGUAACUUUUCAGUGUUUGAUCCCACCACCCCUGAGGCCAGCGGGAGGAGGCUGUGUGCUAAACCCCAGUCUCUUGUGCACAGGGUCUCUUCCCAGAGGCAGCUGCAUCAUGCCUGACUGUAGCUGGAGCCGUAGUGAGGAGGGGAGGAUGGUGUCAGCUGUCCCCUGGAUAAAUGGGGAAAUGCAGAUGGAGUAAAGGCAGUGGGAGCCUGAACUGGAAUUGCCUGUGUUGUGUUUAGUGCUUUGGAAAAGCAGAGGACAGUCUUGCCUCCAUGGGGCAGAAAGGGUGGCUUCUCUGCAGCAGGGUCAAUAAAUGUCCUGUUGUUUGUGUUAUUGCAGCAAGACAAAAAGGAAAAAAACAAAGCAAACCAACACUUUAUGUGUAAGCCAGACCUAAGGGGAGUCUCAGUCCUCUUAGGAAAGGCCAUUCUUCAGCAGAAAGGCUGGAGUGCAUCAGUGUGGGGCAGCCCCAGAGCCCCAUCAGCCCUUUCUGCUGCUGACCAGGCCACCAGGACUGGUGGGGAGCCAAGGGCAGCUGCUUUGCUGAGACUAAACAACGGGGACCUGUGUGAGCACAAGCUCCUGAACUGCACUGUGCUCUGCCACAAAGUGCAGUGCCUUGCUCCCAGAAUCUGGGAGUGUCACCACAGAGACAGUGGACCCAGAGCAUCCCAAAGCUCCCCUCCCCAGCCCCAUGCCAUGGGCUGGCUGCUCCCAUCUAAGACAGCCACAGCUUGCCAGUGCCGGGGGCAGAAAGCACUCGCUGAAUAAUACUGAAUAUGUGUGUGACAAAGUGAGGAGAGGAGACAUGAUAGACCCAUUUAUGAUCCAGGGAUACACAUUUUAUCAUUUGCACAGGCUGAGCUUGGCAUUUAUGCUGACAGACUUUUUCCCCAGAAUGGAUGAAACUGUAUAGUGGUGAGUAUCGUUGAUUUUUUUGAAGGGGAUGGUAAUUGCUCUUCUAGUAUGUGUUUUAAACAGUGUUGGUUUGCCUUCUGUGAAGCCUAAUGCUUCCCAGCUCUCAGUGCUCUAAUGUGGGGAGUUAAUUGUUUCACUUAAUUAGAUGCUGGGUCCAUGUGUUUUUGGGAACCUUGCUGGGUGUCUGAUGCAGUGUCCAGGCACAAAGACCAAAGAUCUUUUCCUUGGCUUUCCCAGCCCUCUGGACAUGCCUUGCCCACUGUGUGCCCUGCUGGAUUUGCCAUCACGUGGCUCAUGGUGCCCAGCCCUGGUGCUGAUGGGCCUGCAGGGAGGGUCUGGGGACCCCUGAGCUGGGGGAAGCCAGGCCAGCAGGGAAGGAGAGCGUGCUUUGUUGUGAUGCUGCUGCUCCCUGGGGCCUCAGGCAAGGGCAGUGGCUGGUUUGCAGCAGCAGGAACAGCCUGGCUCAGGUUGGCAGAGGCUCUUCUCUCUGUGCCUGCUCUCCUGCCUACAGAGCAGGGAGCUGGCACUGCCCCUGCACUGACAGAUGCUCUGCUCCACGUUGGGAUGAACCUGCUUGUCUUGGCUCUGGCCUUAAGGCAGUCCUCUCAUCUCACCUGUAGGGAUGGUGCCUUGGGCUGGGCUUUUCUCCCUCACCACCACCCCCUGGCUGUGCUGGAGCCCUGCCAAGGCAAUGGCCCCUCCUGGCGAGACCAGAGGCCUCAGUGCAGGGGCAAGCAGGGAACUCCUGGAGCACAAUAUCGUGACAUGUCAGGUGGGGGCCCAAGGUGCACUUUGGGAGAGAGCUGGUGCUGCCACAAGUGGUGAUGCUUUAACCUCUUCUCCAGAAACAGUGUCCUACAGGACCCGAAAGUCUGGGGACUACUGUGCUACCUGCCUCAGGGACAGCUGGGGACCCACGGGGGCUGUUUUGGACAGGAGCAGGUCUUCUGCUAGUGCAGCUUUCAGGCUUUUGUCAGACAUCUUGGCACCCUUGUGGCCCUUGAGUUUUGAGGCAGACAGAAGGAAGAUGUGUCCCACAGCCUCUCACAAGCAGAGACUGGGCACAAAUCCCUGAGUUUCAGCCCCUGCCAAGGCUAGCAAGGUUAGCAAGGCAAUUGGCAACCUUUCCCUCUCCCCUUUCCCUUGCACUGCAGCAAGAAAGGGAUGGACAAAGCAGAGAUCAAACCCACACAGUCCCAGCCCUGCAAAGCCCCGUGUCUUGCUCAAGUCUGAGCACAGGAGCAGACCUGACAGCUGCACCUUGAAAUCCUGCCUGGAAAACUCCUUGAAAUCCUGCCUGGAUCUGACAGCCUCACUGGGCUGGGCCGGUGUGCUUGGCAGGCCCAAAGGGGAGAUUCUGAGGGAGCAAACCCCCAGAAAGAUUCAGCAGUUGUCACAGAGAAUGGUUUCUAAUCUGGGAGGAUGAGCAGCUAGGUGCUAGAGGAGAAAAUGGAAAAACUGAGGAUAAAGGAAAGCCUGAGAAGUCACCCAGAAAUAUCCCAGCCUCUGGCAAAUACACGUGGCCCUGGUGGCAGGGCUGUGGUUGGUCUGUGGGGUGGGUUGUUUUACUUUUAUUUUCUUUUUCUACUGCCUGGCAUGUCAUCAUAUUGUGUCUUUGUGUGAAAUCACAUCCCCUGCCAAAAGAGAACCCAGUUCCUGGAGGGCAAACACCCUUUCACGGUGUGCUCACUACAGGGAUGUUGCACCAAAAAAAAGACAUGAAAACAGGGCUGGGGCAUCCUUCCCAGGAAAAUCUGUUCCAUUUCUGGCCCAUCCUCUCCAGCUGCACCCAUCCAUCUCCCUCCCAAAGACGAAGGAGCUGCGGUGUCUUCUCUGACUGGGGACAAUUGCUGUGGCCUGAAAUCCAAACAGCUGAACAGCAAGAGGGCAGGAGGAUCAAUGUCAGUGUCAAUGUGCUAUCAAAGGGACUGCUGUGAACCAUCUUAACAUGCUCUGAGUGGCUGCGUUGCAUCCUGUACAGUGUUAUAAAAAAAAAAAAAAAAAGAAAAAAAAAAGAAAGAAAAAAAAAAAAACCAACCCAGAACAAACCACCCAUUUUUAUGAUCUUUAAUUUGCUUUUUCUGCAUGAAAUAAGACCUUGAUCCUUGUCUUUUUUCACAAAAGCAGAUUCUGCUUUAACCAAUGUAAAAAAAAAAAAGAAAAAAAAAGGAAAGAAAAUAAUGUUUCUAGCAAAGUGAUUUAGAUGUAGAAAUUUUUGUAAAAAAAAUAACAAAACAACAAAAAAAAAGGGAAAAACCAACAAAGAAAUAAAAUAAAAUGACCUAAAGAGCCAUCUUUGUCUACUCUAGAGGUGGGAAGGUGUGACUGGUGGGUGGCCAGGGCAGGCAGGAGGGCUCUGGGAAGGACGUGGUCACCAACUGCUGCCAGGUGCUUUCAAAAACUGUCUCCUUCAGCUGCUGUUAGGGACGCUGGUGGGAGGGCAGGGAAAGGGUGGGGAGGGGCAAGGACAGCUGCCUUGAUUUUCUUUUGGGGUUUUGUUUGGGGUGUUUCUGUUCCUGUAGUGACAGUUUUUGAAAGGUGAUGAUGAACAAAAGUGAAAAAAAACCAACAAACUUGAAAAUAGUUUACAAUUUUGUACAAACAUGAAAAAUGCUAACAGCAAAUGUUUUUAAAAAUGGUCCAUACCAGCACCAAAAUAAUGUAAUGUGUACAUUAAUUUAUUACACUAAUUUAUUGUCUCUCUCUUUUUUUUCUUUUUUCUUUUUUUUUUUUUUUUUUUUGGAAAAAGGUGUUAAAUCACAAAAAAAAAUAUUUCUUUUUUAACAAAUGCUGUAUGUGGACAUAAAUGUACUUGAACACUGUUGGUUAUUAACUGGUUAGGAAUCUUUCUUGGGCUUUUGGGUUUGUGCUUUUUUUUCCUACCCAGAACAAAAAUAACACUUAUAAAAUACAGCCUUUGAAGGUGAAACAAUCAACUCCUUCUCUGCUGGUCUGAGUGUUCUCCGUGUUUCCAUUUUCAAGGCACUGUCUUUAGGCUUUGCCAUAGAGAGGACUCCAACUUGUCCCCAGCUUUAAACACAGCUGUGCUGAUGGCAUCUGAAAGGUGUGUCCCAAGGACUUUGCUAAGACCUAAGCAAAGUUUUCUGCAUUUCCAAGAGUUCUGCUGGCUUGAACCAAGAGCUGGAAUGUGCUCAAGCUCCAUGACGCUGCCUAGAGCAGAGGGGAAAAUCAGAAUAAAUUCCCAGUCUUGUAUUUCCACCACAAGGUGAGUGACUUACCCUAACUCUGAGGAACAAAGAUCAGGAAUUCUUCAUUUCUGAGGGCUCUUCAGUCCUAUUUCCAAAAGCAAGUGACAUAUUCAAGCCCUUGUAGGCUUUGCCAUGCUGAACAAAAGGAACCAGUCAGAACUGUUUUCAGAAAUGACUGAUGCACUUCCAGCAAGCUAUGGAGGAAUUUAAUGACCAGACUUAAGCUCCCAGAUUUAUGACUGAAAGUUCAAAAGGCCAUGUAGAGGUCUUUGGAUGUUCAGGUCAGGCUGCCUGUGCAGCCAGGGGGUGGUGGACUCUGUUGUCACCCACGGAGGGACUGUGGGGACACGGGGGAGGCUGGCAGGGUGGGACUGUGGUCAGUGAUGAUGGCAGGAACAGGAGGGAGCGGGCCUUGAAUCCCCACUUCCCAGGGGUGCAAAGUGAUGUUUCCAGCCCAAAAUCCAUUCCCCACUCAGGCUCUGCUUUCAGCUUGCUCUGCUCCACACCUCUGUGGUGUGAGCAGAAAUGUAAGGGUUAGAAACACUGAACAAACAAUGACACGGAUGCUGCUGGGAGUGUGCUUGCCCCUGACAGGGCCAUCCUUGCACCCCUGAAGCAGAGAGGUGCUGCUCCCCCUGCUCAGGCAGGAAAACAGGAAUAUUCACAGUGCCUGAAAUGCUCUGGCUGGGCAUCCCAGCAUCCAGAGCUCUUCCCCGUUUGGACCUACUGCAAGUGGGACCAGUGUGGUUGCUGGAUGGGGAGUCAGGGCUAAAAAUCAUGCUAGGAACUGCAUUCAGCACCCAGCAUGUGAAAUCCAGUCCUGGUUCCCCUCCCCAACACUUGCUGAAGUCACCAGCCCCUGAGGAAAAAACCUCUGAUAUUUGCAGGUAAUGGGGAUGAAGGUUUCUCUUUUUCUUUUUUUUUUUUUCUUUUUUUUUUUUUUUUGCCUUUGGACUUUAUUUUCUUUCACUGAAGUCUAUAUAUAACACAAAACCAUUUUCUUAUUUUCUUCAAAUCUGCCAAUUCAGCUUUUCUCUCUCCCCACCAGCCAUUAGGACAGUUCUUGUCUCUAAAAGCCCCAAAGCCCAGCUGAGCUCAGAGGCUGCAGCUGCAGCCCCAGCAGUGGGGAAGCCCUGGAAGCAUCACUGCCCUCUCUUCUUGGCUCUUUCUUCCCCCUAAAACUUCAGCUUUAAGCAAAUAUGGGAUCAGCACAAAGCACUGACUCCAUGCUUCCUUAAAGGUGAUUUGAAACCUGACAUGGGAGUUGGACAUCUGGUCCUCACCAAACUCUUGAGGGUCUCAUCCUCCCCAAAAGCAUGGAUGGAAGCUAAAGAGACUGUGCUCCCCAACGAAAGGCAAUUAUUAAUGGUCAUUAAUGGUGCUAGGAAACAUUAAAUAUUCAAACUGUGCUAGAGCUCCACAAGUCCUUAAGUGAUUAAAGCAUCUGGGUUCCUCUGGUUUUUCAAUGAUUUGGGCAUUUAAGUUGCACAAUAAUAUCCAAAGUGACAUGCAGAGAUUGUAAAAACAUUAAAGCACAUUCAGACUCGUUUAUCCUGGAAAUUCUCUUGAGGUUGGAAUGAAGAAAUCCUCAAGAUCACUUUGUAUAACAGCAUGGAAGAAUGUCAGUCCAAACUCUGCUAUCUCCAUUUGCAGGAAAUACCUCUGCAGAUCAACUUCCAAGAGUUUGGAAAGGAGCAACAAGGCAGAGUUUAGUGCAUUGCUCUGCCAGAUACCAUGCAUUUAAGCAAAUAUAAGGCCUCUUCAAUAUGGGAGACACUAGAGGUUCUAAAAAGAAAGGAGAAGUUAUUUGGAAAUUUAAGUGAUAUUUUUAAUGCAUGUGAAAUCUUUGAUGUCAAAAAGAUUUCAUUUUUUUGUUGGUAUGUCUUUGGAGCAUUUUGUCUUCAAGAAUAAAUUAUGGUUUUAUCUGUAUCAGCACCAUUUUCAUUGUCUAAUUUCAGGCAGGCAAAGGCAGAAGAAUGGAAAUUCAGAGACAAAUCGAGAGCAGAGUUGAUACUGAAACUCAAAUGAAAUAAAGUCUGUUAUUUCAAUGCA